CCUAAUUGUGCGACUCGUGGUGGGGAAGUUUAUAGCUAGAGAAGCCAGUUGUUACUUGGUUACCUGGCAAAAAAGCGGCACUUUUAUAAUGGCAUAGUGUAACACAGGCCUUUCGGUAGUAACGGAUUCCUGGAGUGAGGGGAAAUUUAAAUGCGUGAUUUUAUUAGUAUGUAUCUGUAUAAUUGACGUUCGUCUAAGGGUGUGUCUGUGAACUUUGUAGGUUACAGCAAUAAUUCCUCCUCCAUCUCCAUGAAUAUAGGAGAGACCUGUUGUUUUUAACCAGGAGUCUGGAGAGGAUCUGCCAACCGAAAGUCCAUUGGUAUCCCACUGCACACCAGAAUGGAUUGGAAAAAGAGUUUAAAGGAGAAAUUGCAGAGGGAUAACUAUGUCAGAAAAAGUGAGCAGGAAAUGAAAGAAGAAGAAAUGUCCCUCUUUACAAAUUAUUAUACGGAAUGGAAAGGAGGUGGGAAGGACUCAAGUGCCCAGAACAUCCCUCGUUUCUAUUAUAGGCUCCCUGCAGAAGAUGAAGUCCUCCAGCAGAAACUAAGGGAAGAAUCUCGAGCUGUGUUUUUACAAAGGAAAAGCCGUGAGCUCUUAGACAAUGAGGAGCUACAGAAUCUCUGGUUCCUACUGGACAAGCACCAGUCUCCGCCUAUGAUUGGAGAGGAAGCCAUGAUCAACUACACAAACUUUCAGACUGUUGGCGAAAAAGCUGGAGAAAAAUGCAAGACAUUUUUUACCCCUAAAGUGUUUAGCAAACUUGUACACAAUGAUGCAUAUGGCAGAAUAUCUAUUAUGCAGUUCUUCAACUAUGUCAUGAGGAAAGUGUGGCUGCACCAGACAAGGAUAGGUUUAAGCUUGUAUGAUGUGGCUGGCCAAGGCUACCUUAGAGAGUCCGACUUGGAAAACUACAUCCUUGAAUUGAUUCCAACUUUGCCCCAGCUGGAUGGUUUGGAAAAGUCUUUCUAUUCCUUCUAUGUCUGUACAGCUGUGAGGAAGUUCUUUUUCUUCCUUGAUCCAUUACGGACAGGAAAGAUAAAGAUACAAGAUAUUUUGGCAUGCAGUUUUCUGGAUGAUUUACUUGAGCUGCGAGAUGAAGACCUCUCAAAAGAGAGCCAAGAGUCCAACUGGUUCUCUGCUCCAUCUGCAUUAAGAGUCUAUGGUCAGUACCUGAAUCUGGAUAAGGAUCAUAAUGGGAUGCUCAGCAAAGAGGAACUUUCCCGAUACGGAACUGGUACCUUGACUUGUGUCUUUCUGGAUCGGGUCUUCCAGGAAUGUCUGACAUACGAUGGCGAGAUGGAUUACAAGACAUACCUGGACUUUGUUUUGGCUUUAGAGAACAGAAAGGAGCCUGCCGCGCUUCAGUACAUUUUUAAACUCCUGGACAUCGAGAACAAAGGAUCUCUGAAUGUCUUCUCACUUAACUUCUUCUUCAGGGCUAUCCAGGAACAAAUGAAAAUCCAUGGCCAAGAGGCUGUCUCUUUUCAGGAUGUGAAGGAUGAAAUAUUUGACAUGGUCAAACCAAAGGACCCUCUGCGAAUUACCCUUCAGGAUCUAAUUCAAAGCAGCCAAGGUGACACUGUUUGCAGUAUUCUCAUCGACCUAAAUGGGUUUUGGACCUAUGAAAACAGAGAAGUGCUGGUGGCAAACGAUGGGGAAAGCCCUCCGGACAUUGAUGACACAUAAGGAGACAUUUCUGCUCAUACACAAAUGGGACUUUGCCUGAGCUUAAACUGUUUACUGGCCUGACUUCUGAAUCGCUUCUGAUGUUUGGAAGGGCCACAAAAAAAAGGAUCGCACUCCCCAUGUAAAUCUACACAGAGAAAAAGCGGAUAUGAGCUGGCCGAGUUAUUUCAAUGUAUUUAAAAUGAUAAUGACGUUUCACUGUAAAAUACAACGUGCCGCUUAUUUUCAGUCUCAUAAAAUAUAACUUUAUAACAUCACUCCUGUUUCAAAAUAAUUUUAUAGAGGAAGUAUAGUUUUAAUAAUGUUUAUUUGAACUAGAGUAUCAUUUGUUUUACAGGUAUCAUAAAAUUUAAUUUUUU